CGUGGCGGGGGCCGCGGAGGAUGCUGGGAGUGAGUGAGUCCGAUGGCGGGAGCGGCGGCGGUUUGAAGUUUAUUUUGCGGUGAAGAGGCCGAGGAUGGACACGGACGGCGGGGAGGUGUACAUGUCGCUGUCAGACCUGUUUGUGGACGAGCAGGUGCCGUUCUAUGAAGUGAAUGCCUGGACCACGGACGUGCUGCGCCGCCUGAUGGAGAUAAACAGGGAACGUGACAACCACGGCCGCCAACUGCUCGAGGAUGUGCGGCAGAAAACAAAAGAGUAUCAGGCCGAAGCCAGCCACAUGCAGGAGGUGCUGGAGGAGAGCCUGGGGCUGACCACAAACAGCCUGUCCAGCAGCGGCUCCAGCCUCCUCAACAGCCUGGUGGACUGCAGCCUGGCCCUCGAUCUGAAGGACACCUCCCGAACCAGCUUUGUGUUGGCGAUAAACAGUUUGACGUCUGAGUUGACGGCGGCUGAGAGCCGAGCCCAGGAGCUGGAGGUCAAGGCGUUGUCAAAGAAACUGACGGACAAGAUGGUCCUGGAGCAGUUGCUGGAGGAAGAUUUGAGGAAUGUUGAGGAGGAACUUCCUGGGGCGAUAGCCAAAGCUGAGAAUAACAAACAAAACAUGGAUUUCUUUACCAAGAAGAUGAAAGAAUGGAAAAAACAGCAGAAGUUUUCUGAGCGUCAGCUACUGGAGGCUGGUUACCAGCCUGAGCUAGAGCACCAUGCCCUGCUGGAACUCUCUGAGAAGCUGACCAAGUUGAAAAAGGAAGUGGCUCCAAUGAAGGCAAAACUGAACUCCUACCUGGACCUGGUGCCUGACCCCAUGUUGGCCAAAGUGAAGAUUGAGGAAGCCAAGCUGGAGCUGAGGAAGCUGGAGGAGCUGAUCUCCCAGAGGAUGGAGAGUCUGGCCUUCGUGUCCUAGAUGAAGGCAAUGGAGAGCUCAGUACCCGGUUACCGUGGCUUCUCAGCUGUUGUCUCAUCAGGAAGGAUUCUGCUCCAAGCUGGGUGACUGGACCAUUGUACCUCCUCUCCCUCGUUCCCCCCCCCACACACACACACACACACACAGGCCGAGAUUGAUGUCAGACACUUGGUGUGUAAUUCUCUCUCUGACACUCUCGAUGGAAUGCACUGUGAUUAAAUGGCCUGUCUUACUGUG